GCAUUUCAUUCAUUCAUUUUGCAUCGUCCAUUGAGUGAUAGUGCAGUGAGCAAAGCCGGUUCUGGAGAGAGUGAGACAACUGACAUUUUAUCAUCUUAUUUUGAUCUAUCAAACACACUCAUUCAAGAUGACUACUACUGUGAUGUUUAGUGGAAAAGAGGGCAAGAACACAUCAAAAGUUUUAGCCCCGCCCGGUGGAAAGACUAGUGUGAGUCUGUUUGGUGGGUACGGUGAAGAUCCGACUCCUGCUCAACCCAAAAAUCAGAGACAGACCAACCCUCCUUUCGCUUCUGCUGACGUGACUCCUCCCGCUCCGGCCCAAAACCAGAGAAAGAGCAACAUUGUCUUUGGUUCCGAAGAGAGUCCCGCUCCAGCCCAAAAUCAAAGGAAGGCCCCUUCUCAGUCUCCUUUUGCUCAAGAUAGCCCUCCCGAGACCACUGGUCAAAGGAAAGCACCAAGUCAAUCACCAUUUGCUCAAGAUUAUCCUAGUGGUCAAGCAGCCCAGAGGAGAGCACCUAGUCAAGCCCCGUUUGCUCAGGAUUCUACUGGACCAGCUAAACCUUUCAAACCAGUCUCUACUUUCAGUCUAUCUGGUUCACCCACUGCUGCCCAGCAACAACAGCAAACGCAAAAUGCAUCUUCUCGUCAACAACCAAACAACAACCCAGACAGCAAGACGAGCAUCAAGAUUGCAAACCCUCCCGGCGGUCGAUCAAGCAUCCAGUUUUAACCUGAUAGUUCUGAAACGGAUCCUUCCUUCUACUGUGGUCAUGAGGUAGAAUAGAUAGAACAUGUUCUCUUACAGAUAUUGACUUGUCGACAGUAUACCUUCAUUCCAAUAUGGGCACAACUUCAACAUAAUGGUGUAAAUCUAGUAAAUAAAUCAAUGAACAUGUACUGGUGAAUGAUAAUGAAGUGAAUAUUUUACACCCUUUGUAUGCUGUUGAACUAAUUAGGUGAAAUUUAGCUUUCUUUUCUCAAUAUUGCACAAUUUAUUUAAAAGUGCUGCAACCAUUAGAUACAUUCACAUGUAGAAAUUGCAAUGUAGGAUAAGCUUGAAAAUAGUUUUUUUUUAAGACAGAUUUCAGUUUUAAUUCGACUGUAUUUCAUGAUCAAAGCAGAAUGUAAGUAAACUGGAAUUUGGUGAAAGAUUGCAGUUCAUUUUACAUCUAGUUUUAAGAUGAUAUAUUCGACUUGAAACUAAAACUAGUCGUUUUCUUCCAGUUUCCAAAAACCAACAUUUUUUAUUGAAUUCUGAAGAGGAAAUCCUUUACAUUCCGGCCUUUUUCUACCGAAUUUUGAUAAGCUGUUUGCUGAUUUUUUGAGGAAAGAUUUUUUUUUUUCAUUUGCUUGUUUGUUGCCAUUUCUUUUUUUUUAUUAUUCAAACUGAUUUACCAUUGUACAUAUUAAACUGAGUGCUUGGGAAGGUUCAGAGAAUAUGAAGGGAUAUUAGCCUGUUGUCUGUGAUGUGAUAAAAGAAUAUACAUGUACUAAGUCUGAGUCAGUCAUGUAGGAACUACUGAUUUAAUCUGAUGUGAUAGGAUUCCUGCAACAUUGUUUUCCUGUUCUGGUGUUCCGACAAAACAAGUGUCAGUAGCACAAUUUAUACUUCUGAUAAAUUCUGUUUUGAGAGUAAAACUUUGUUAUUCUGUACAUGUUUAGCUCUCUCACAAUACUGACAAUCAAAUCAAACCUUGUAUCAAGGAAAUUUAAAUUAUAUUUCAGUUGGAUGGCAUUGUGAAGUUCUUCUUAUUCUUGAAUGGGCUUUCUGUGUCUUCAUAUCUUCCAUGAACACUGGUUUGAGAGGAAGUGAAUUAGUACUUGAGUAUCUAGUUUAGCAUCACUGAAAUGAGCAUGAUAUUGCAGCAGAUAUGCCUGGCAUAUCAUUACAUAUAUUCAGGUUUACAAUGUAUGUAAUGCAUUGAUGAUUUAAGAGGAUUCGGUGAAAGAAAAACUUUUAACAUUAAAUAGCAGGCUGAUUUGAUACAAACAAGGGUCUGUUUAAAUAAA